AUGAGUGUAAACGGAAGGCAUCGGAGUAAGUUUGGGUCGCUGAUAGGCGUCCUUUACGUUGGACACACAUGCUGUAAGUGUUUGAUUUACUCCACGCGUAAUGCCGAGGUGCUCACUUGCCACGAAUCGUCGCUCGAAUGUCUUUCGCCACAGCCAGGAUGGGUUGAGUUUGAUCCGUUGGCUGUAUGGGAGACGGCCCGAAUGUGCUUGGAAACGGCGGUACAGAAUCUGAUCAUAUUGGACAUAAACCCGCACGACAUUGUGGCGGUCGGUGUGUGCAACCAGCGCGAAACGACUGUACUGUGGGAUCGGACAACCGGCGUACCGCUGUGCAAUGCAAUCGGAUGGUGCGAUACGCGCACUUCGAGCGUGGUCGGAAGCAUAUUGCAGCGUGUACGAGGGAAGAAGAAUUACCUGAAGUCGGUAUGCGGACUGACGGUUAGCAAUUGCUUCAGUGCAGUCAAACUUCGUUGGAUGAUGGAAAAUGUGGUCGGCGUGCAGCAAGCGGUAGACGAUGGACGGGCGGCGUUCGGUACGCUGGACAGUUGGAUUAUAUGGAUGCUAACGGGCGGCGUUGAGGCGGGCAUUCAUGUGACGGACGUCACGAAUGCAUCCAGGACAAUGCUGAUGAAUCUGGAACGUUGCGCGUGGGAUGAGCGGCUGUGUCGGUUCUUUCGCAUUCCAAGCAAGAUCCUGCCGGAAAUUCGAAGCAGUUCGGAAGUGUACGGAUACAUUAACGAUGGUCCUUUGAGCGGAAUACCGAUUGCAAGCUGUCUCGGUGAUCAACAGGCCGCUUUACUCGGACAAAUGUGCAUUAGCGCAGGACAAGCGAACUGUACGAUUGACGAAGGAAUGUUCGUCCUGUUUAACACUGCCCAGGAAAUAAUCGACUCCAGCCACGGGUUGCUUUCGACAGUGGCGUUUCAACUUGGUCCCCGUGGGGCCGUAUAUUACGCACUGGAAGGCGCUAUUGCACACGCCGGUUCCUCCAUCGGUUGGCUAAGGCAAACACUAGCGCUGGAACCAUCGUCAAGCGAUCCGAUGCAUAACAGUGCAUCCGGUUUAUUCCCCGACGGCACUGCCAAUACUCAGCUAGUGGCCUCGUUUUGUUCCGUCAGCUCACCGGUGCCACCGUACGGUGAGCCUAAAAUGCUUACCAGCAGCAGUGGUUCACGUGGUGGCGUAAUUUUCGUACCUGCCUUCAGUGGAUAUUAUACGCCGUACUGGCGCUACAAGGCACGUGGCAUGAUGUUUGGCAUUACGCUACAAACAACGCCACAGCAGAUCCUGUACGCCGCGCACGAAGCUAUCUGUCAUCAGGUGCGUGAGGUGCUGGACUCAUUGGCAAAGGAUUGUCCUACGUGGCCACGCCUAACAAAGCUAACCAUCGGUGGGGACCUGAGCGAACAACGAUUCCUGGUGCAGAUGCUGUCCGAUUUGAACGGGGUGCAGGUGGAACGGCCACAAACAACAACACCGGCCUGCCUCGGUACGAUGCUCGCCGCCGGACUGGCCACCGAGAUACUGUCCAUCGAUCAGUUUCGCCAAAACUGUGUUCCACCGGUCGAUGUUUUCAGUACAGCUUACAAUUCUAGUCAGAGAGAUAUGAAGUUUCGUCGUUGGAAGAUGGCUGUCGAUCGAUGUCUGAACUUUGACUCCGUAUCGGAAAGUGAUCCCGUGAAGCUGAUCGGUGAUGGGCGCGAUCCGGACGCGUUCGUGCGCUGUUCGAUACCCGGCUCGGUGUUUAUCGUUUCGUCCUUUGUGCUUAUCGUCGUUGCACAGCUGAUGAAACAGAACGGUUUCGCGUAA